AUGACACAACUCGAAUUAAUAUUUCACAAUGAAUUUGAUUCAUCAAAUUCUAUACAAGAACAAGAAUUGCAUCCAUUAUUAACAAACCCUCCUUAUAAACUUUCCUUGCCAAUUAGUGAAUUGAUUACACCCAAAGAAAAAGAUGAAAAGCAAAUAAAAACGAGCAAAACAAUUAGUAAAGUCAAUAAGAAAGGUGCUGAGAUCGCUGAAGAUUCUGAAAUUGAGAGUAACAAACCAAAUCGGACCAAAGAUAUACCUUGUGACAAGUCAGUUCCAAGACCACAUAAUGCCUUUAUAAUAUUUCGCACAGACUACGCAGAAAAGGUGAAGAAUUUUUAUCAUCCAAAAAAGAUUUCCAUACGUUUAAUAUCACAACUGGCCUCAAUACAAUGGCAGGUCGAAACCACAACGGUGAAAUCCUUUUUUCAGAUCUUAGCUGAUAUGUAUCUCCAACGUCACAAAAUAAAAUAUCCAAAUUAUAAAUAUUCCCCAAACAGAAGAAAUUCAUCAAAUACUAUAAAUAACGAUAGAAAAACAAAGAGAAAAAUUGAAUCAAAAGAAGAAAAACCAUCUAAAAAGACCAAAAAGGAUGACUUAAAGGAUUUGAGAAAGGAAUAUAUGUUCACUUGGAAUAUCAACGAUCAAAUAAACGAUAGUCUGGAACUAUCGUCUGUGUCACUCUCCACAUUCGAACAUACAUCACCUUCUAAUACUUCGAACAAUACUAUUAUUAAUUGUUGCAACUGGGAUAUAUACACUCCAGAAAAUACUGAUACGUCUAUGCAAAUAACUCAACAACAUCAACCAAUACAAUUUAUCGACCAUUCAGCACCACCAAUUACUACCACGACCUCACCACCUUUCGCUCCUCACGCUCCUCCCGCGACUGAUACUAAUUAUUCUUAUUCUUCACAAUACGCCCUUGAUAACAUCUCACUCGAAGAUUAUAUAAAUUACCUUAUCUUGACAGUGGAUCAACCAAUUUGGAAUCAAUAA